UUACCUGGUGCUAUCGUAGUCACAGCCACCAAUUUCUGCCCUCCCAACAACGCACUUCCAAAUAACGCUGGUGGUUGGUGUAACCCUCCGCUUCACCAUUUCGAUCUCUCUCAGCCUAUCUUCCAACGCAUUGCUCAUUACAAAGCUGGUGUUGUCCCUGUUUCUUACAGAAGGGUUCCGUGCAAGAGAAGGGGAGGGAUAAGGUUUACAAUCAACGGCCACUCUUACUUCAACCUUGUAUUGGUGACCAAUGUUGGUGGUGCUGGAGAUGUUCACUCGGUUGCGGUUAAAGGUUCAAGAACAAGGUGGCAGCAAAUGUCAAGAAACUGGGGACAGAACUGGCAGAGCAACAAUCUCUUAAACGGUCAAGCAUUGUCUUUCAAGGUUGUUGCUAGUGAUGGUCGAACUGUAGUCUCUAACAACAUUGCUCCAGCUAGUUGGUCAUUCGGACAAACCUUCACAGGCCGUCAAUUCCGUUGAGAUUGGUUUUUUAAGUCCGGUCUCUAUAUAGUUUAGGGUUUGUGUAGUGGUGUGGAAAGAGAAGAGGGUUUAAGGCUUUUUAGGGUUUUAAGUGGAGAGCCUUGAAAAAACUCUUGAGGGUGUAAAAUGGAUAGAGGAGCUUAUUUUGAAAGGGCUCUUUUAGUCAUUUUAAGGAUUAGGGUUUUAGUAAAGUGGGUAUUGGGUAGUAGAGCGGUGUUUGUCUAAAGGGACCUCUAUGUUUCCCCAAUGGGUUCCUUUUGUUUUAUCACUUUUUUUUUUUUUUUUUUGCCUUUUUCUGUCUUGUGGUUUAAAAAGCAGAAGUGGGUAGGGGCAGAGGACGAAUUCACCUCCCGCCUUGUGUUCUUCUUGGGUCGUUUUUUUUGUUUACGUUAUGAGGUUGUAAUGUAAGGGUUGUUUAAGAUCCAACUUACCUAAUGUGUUUUUGUUAAGUGAUUUUGAAUUCUAUUUUGUUUCGUGUGAUUUGAAAGUUUA